UUUUCAUAGUCUGUAAGGAAUUGUAUUUGAGCACAUUCCAAUUUUACUUCUUUUCAAGUUAGGAACAAAAAAAUCUAAAAGAUGCCGGCACAAAAGCCCCCUGAAAUCAAGUUUCCGAUGCAUAAUCUGCACUUGAAGCAAACGAUUGGCAACGUAAAAGUGGCUUGUACUCUAGCCUUGAUAGCCCCACUGAUUCUAUAUGUCUUCAAGAACAAUCCACGGAAAAGGAAGUACAGAAACUUCUAUUCCAAAUAUGAUCCUCUUGAUGCUUUUGACCGUAUGAUGAGUGGAGGCUACCUGUCUUCCUGUCCACCGGGUAGUGGUCCAAAAAAAGACGACAAGAAGGACAAAAAGAAGAAAUAGACCCUACCAAAAAUAUCUGAAAAUUACAAUAUAGAUGGAAGCAAACCGAACACAAAUCUGAAGCAACUUUAUAAAGCACACUAUGUUUUCCAAUAUUUACCAUGAAUCAUGACUGAAUGUUUUAAAUUAACCAGCUUAAUAUUUCGCAAGACUCCCGCUUAGCACUCAUUUUUAGACACCAGACUCUUAAAUGGAUUUCCAAAUUCGAAAGAUGUAAUGUUAUCUUUUACAGUUGUAGAUCCGUUAAUACAUGAACACGUAUUAAAAAACGGAGCAUUGCAAACUAUUUACUAACGUUAAAUAAACAAAUGAUUUAAACUUAAAAA